UCGGGCGACGUGGUCCUGGACCAGCCUAAGGACUACGACUCCCGGCGUGCCCCGCGGCCCAAGGCCAGAAGGGCCCGGAUCCGAAACCGGAUGAGGCUUGCUGCCCCAGUGCCCGAAGCGCUGGGGAAAUGGCCACGGGAACAGACCAGGUGGUGGGACUCGGCCUCGUCGCCGUUAGCCUGAUCAUCUUCACCUAUUACACCGUCUGGGUGAUUCUCUUGCCAUUCAUCGACAGUCAGCAUGUCAUCCACAAGUAUUUCCUGCCCCAAGCCUACGCCGUUGCCAUCCCACUGGCUGCCGGCCUCCUGCUGCUGCUGUUUGUGGGCGUGUUCAUCACCUACGUGAUGCUGAAGAAUCAGAAGGUGACCAAAAAGGCUCAGUGAAGGCCCAGCAGGGGUGAGGGUGGGGGCCC